AUGGCGUCUGCUCUCACCGUCCUCCUCCUCGGCUGCUGGCUGGCCAGGCAGAGUGGGGUGUCGGGAGAGAGAAAUUUUCCCAAGCCCUCCCUGUCUGUGAGCCCCCGGGGGGUGACUGAGCUGGGGGAAAACGUCACGUUCCAGUGUGUGGGGGAGCAGCCAGGCAUGAGGUUUGUUCUGAGUAAAAAUGGAGCCUAUAUAAAGAUUCAGGACCCUUCUGGGAGAGAGGCCGUAUUUCCCAUCCCCAGCGUGGGACCGGACGACAGCGGACGCUACACCUGCCAGUAUCACACCAAAUCACAAACAACUGACUGGUCGGAGCCCAGCGACCCCGUGGAGCUGGUGGUACCAGGUGAAUCAGGACCGCUGGUUCUGACUUGGCCCAUCAUCGCCGGGGCGAGUGCGGCGGCCACCGUCCUCCUCCUCUUCCUCCUUGUGGCCUUCAUCUGCUUCAGAAAAACCCGAGCCAGAAAAGGAGCCGCACCGAGACCGAGCAGCACCAGCCCUAUGGGGGCAUUAAAGGCACUGGCUCAGCAAGACCCCGUCUAUGCCUCCAUUGACGAAUGGAAAGAGACGCAGACCCUGCCCCAGGAGCCCGACCCCGGUGCCGACGGACUCACCUACGCCGAGCUGGACGGCCAGGCGUUGCAGGCCAAGCAGGGGGCCCUGGCCCCUGCCCCCGAGCCCACCCAGCCCAGAAUGUACGCCAUGAUCAACAUGAGCCAGGGGGCCCCGCAACCCAUCUCCUCUCCAGGCUGCUGGCUGGCCGGGCGGAGCGGGGUGUCGGGAGAACCCAGCUACCCCAAACCCAACAUCGCCCUGAGCCCCAGCGGGGGGGUCUCCCUAGGGGGAUCCGUGACUGUCUGGUGUCGGGGGCAGCACCGGCGUAUGCGGUUCGUGCUGAAUAAAGAGCGACGCCAUUUCCCACCUGUGGAUUCGAACGGGUUUGAGGUUGUGUUUUCCAUCAGCAACGUGAGCUGGGAGCACGGCGGGAACUACAGCUGCUCCUAUCACAGCAGAUCGGAGCCGUUCGCCGUGUCGUACCCCAGCGACCCCGCGGAGCUGGUGCUGAGAGAUCCCAGCUUACCCAGACCCUCCAUCUCUCUGAGCCCCACUGGGAUCACAGCCCCAGGGGCAGACGUCACCAUCCGGUGUCAGGGGCAGCGCCGGAACGUGACGUUCUUCCUCCACAAGGCUGGAGACCUGAACCCACAGCAACACAUGGACCCUGCUGGGGACGGGGCCGAGUUCCUCAUCCCCACCGUGGGCCGGCAGCACGGAGGGAGCUACAGCUGCAGCUACCGGCCCCGAUCAGAGCCCUUCGUCUCCUCACAGCCCAGCGACACCGUGCAGCUGGUGGUAGCAGCCGUGACUGUCCGGUGUUGGGGGCAGCGCCGGGGAAUGCGGUUCGUGCUGAAUAAAGAUGGACGCCAUUUCCAAGCUGUGGAUUCGGACAGGUUUGAGGCUGUGUUUUCCAUCAACAUGUCUCGGGAGCACAGCGGGAACUACAGCUGCUCCUAUCACAGCAGAUCGGAGCCGUUUGCCAUGUCGUACCCCAGCGACCCCGUGGAGCUGGUGCUGAGAGCAGCCCGCCCGGAUUUCACCAACGCCAACAUCGCCCGCCUGGCGCUCGGUGCCGUGGUCCUGCUCAUCUUGGGGCUGAUCCUGGCUGAGGCCUGUUACAGCCGCCCAAGGGUGCGCCCUAGGAGCCUGAAUCCAGCCAUGCAGGGAAGAGAAUCUCCCCGGGGGACAAGUGGCUUCCCCGUGGGGUGCUGAGACACCGGCACAAACCCCCCUGCCCCCAAACACCCCUGCCUCAGAGAAUCUCCCCCACAAACAGCUCUCGACCUGACAGCAGCACCCCAGGAUUGAACCCCCGAUGCCAUGUGUGACGUUGCACUUCAUAUAUUUAUGGAAAUAUGCUUAUGAGUGUAAAUAUAAUGUAACUG